AAGGGUAUUGUAGAGGAGGAGACGGGAGAUUAAACAGAAGAAGCAAAAGAAGAAGAAGAAGAUGGAGUACAAAGAUUUGAACCUAUUAGAUGAAGCUCUUGGCAUUCACGACAAUUACAAGAAGGAAAAGCCAUGGCCACUGUGUGGUCGCUUUGUGCUUGUGGAGGAUUGUGUUGACACGAGUGGUGCUUUCGUUCUUCACCAUAUCCUCAAGCGCUCCCUCUCUUCUCAUCCUUCUUCUGCCCUUGUCUUCCUUGCCUUCUCUCACCCUUUUUCCCACUAUGAUCGCAUUCUCAGAAAGCUUGGUUGCAACUUAGCUGCUCAAAGAGAUAAUAGUAGAUUCUUUUUCAUUGACAUGCUUAUGUUGCAGUGUCCAGGAGGAGAUGAAGGAAAACCCAAUCAUGAUGGGCUUGCUGGUGUAUUUGAGAAAAUCGAAAGAGUGAUUAGCUCAUUACAUCAAGACAACAUGAAACUUGUCACUAUCAUGAUAGAUGAUAUCUCUUUUCUUGAAGUUGCUGCUAAUGGCUCUUCAAAUGAUGUUCUAGACUUCCUGCAUUAUUGUCAUACGCUAACAUCAGAAUGUGGUUGUGCAUUUAUUGCACUUGACCAUAAGGAUAUUUAUUUGAAUGGAGAGAGGCCUGCCGUUAUCUUAGAGAUGGAGUACCUUGCUGACAUUUUGGUCAAGGCUGAACCAUUGGCCACUGGUUUGGCAAAAGAUGUGCAUGGGCAGUUGACGGUGUUAGACAAGGAGGCACUACAUCAACGUGGUAUUUCACCCAUUAAGGUUCACAAUUUUCACUUCAAGAUCAAGGAAAAUAGCGUUGAGUACUUUUAUCCUGGCACAAAAAUCUAGUGCUAAUUAAAAAGCUUGUACAAACAACCGUGUAAUCUUGAAACAGAGAAUAAUAGUCCAACUUUUGUGUUUAGUUUUCCUUAAUUUGGAAGAAAGUGAUUCUAAAUUAUCGAUUAG